GUAAAUCGAUCUCCAUGAUGUGGAGCUUCCCGGACGCUUUUCCAAAGUUGGACAGUUGUAUAACUUUCAUCGAAGCCGGGACAGAGGGGCAGCCGGACGAAAAGACAAUUGAAAUUACACGAAAAAUCGCGAAUUACUGUAAGCGACUAAGAAAACGCGAUAUAUUAAUAGUUUUGCUGUCCCGAGAUCUAGACGAGCUUCUGUGCUGCCCGCGUGAUACAAUUACAUUGAGAGAUAAGUUAAGGGUUCUCAACAGGUUAAAAGCUGCUAAUGCGACUCUUGAGGAGAUCAAUAUCGUGAGAAAUAAACUUUCUGCGAUAAGAGGUGGUGAUCUGGCGCGUUUGGCAUAUCCGGCCAAAGUCAUCACUCUCUAUACAUCUGACUUAUCGGCAAUGACAAACGAACCGUCAACGCAAUUGGGCGGUGAUCCAUGCACUUACGACCCGAAGGACCGAAGAGCCUUAGAUAUUUUGACGAAGUACGGGCUUAUUGAUAAAGUAUCGCAAAGUGUACGCAAGCUGUUAUGGGAAUUCGGGCCUCUGAUAACAGGGGUGGACGCCCAAUUGGACGAAAAGAAAAGAUACAAGUUCGUACAACAAUACAUGAUCGCGCACAGUGCCGACGCUGUAGAAUGUAUGGCGGCGGAAGCCCUUAAACUGGGACUGUCCCCUUUGAAAUUAAACUUCACCUGUGGCGGAACCGUCGAGGAAUUCGCACAGGAGUAUGCGAAGAUCGCGUCGCUAAUGAUCCUGGCAGUUGAGAACAAAAUUACUAAGUUGGAGAUGUACGAGCAGAUGAAGGAGAGUCCGGUAUGCCCUCUGACCGACCGGGAGGUAUGGGAGAUGUUUCCCACAAAGGACAAAUGGGGUCUGGGACUGUGCCUUCUGUUGGGUGGCCGACCUACCGUUCAUCUCGGCGAGCAUCCCGGGAAGGGUGGGCCCAAUCAGGAGCUCGCUCUUUACUUCUCCUUGUAUUGGUACAUGCGAACGAAGCAAUAUCCAAUUUUGCGAGGAUACACCGUCUGGUUCCUCGGCUGUAGCUCUUACGGAAAAGACGGUAAUACCAACGCAGCUGGCGCAUUCGGAUACAAGAGCCUCGCUACUGACGUUUACCCGGAAUACGAAAAAGCGAGGAGCGUGCAUAAGGCUGCCUUCCUGAAAUGGCGAAGGCUCGCCGAGGAUAAACAGAACGAAUCGGAGAUCGCGGAAGCUCGUCAAGCGGCGGAAGACGCGGAGGAAACAAUGAAAAGAUACGCCGCCAUUCUACCCGAACAAGUUCUUAAGGGAAACAACACGAAUUUGUUUUUCUCCAGUAUCAACGAUGGCGAUGAGUUAUUGCAGCUGAGAAGCAAAAAUUAUUACGCGCUCGUGGACGUUGGGGAUCUUCACGUUAUACGAAUCGCGCGCUUUCAGUGCAACUGUACCACGGCACCUGUCACGGAGACGAAGAUAGGAUAUAUGCCGAUAGAGACUGACCUGUCAAUCGCACGUUAUCGGCAACGAGAUCUUGUAGCUCGGCGUGUCCCUUGGGCUCGGUACCUAUCCCGUUCAACAAAGCCUUGGGAAUGGACUCACCUACCUCGACGACAUAUCCGCGGUACAACGCGGUUGUGAGUGCGUUCUCUCUUACAU